AUGACAGUCAGUGAAGUUUCUCAUUUCAAAUGCAAUACAGGCUUGAACUUAGAUGAUAUUGAUGUUCCAGUCCAAGCCAGCAAAAACGCAGUGUCCAGAUGCUACCAGGCUGUAAUCCUUUGGGGCCUCGGUGAUCAUUCCAGGGCUGCAGUGCCGUAUCAAGUGGAGCGGCAGGGCUUACAGUACAAUGAUUUGCAAGGAACAAAUAGUUCAGGGUCAUUGGGUGGUCUUGAUGUUCGUAGAAGAAUCCCUAUAAAGCUUAUCUCAAAACAGACCAAUAAAACCAAACCUGCACCUCGAACUCCAAGAAAUAUGAACAGGAUGCCCUCAAAGACACAAGCUGGUGAUGAAGAAGAAUUUGAUUAUAACGAAGAGGAGCGGUACGAAUGCAAAGGAGGUGAAAUGUUUGGCAAUCAAAGGAGGUUCCCUGGACCCAUCUUUUGGGACUAUAAGAUAAACUUGCUGGGGGAGAAGGAUGAUACACCGGUCCAUUUCUGUGAUAAGUGUGGAUUGCCCAUCAAAAUGUAUGGACGCAUGAUACCUUGCAAGCAUGUUUUCUGCUAUGAUUGUGCUAUACUACAUGAGAAAAAGGGAGACAAGAUGUGUCCAGGCUGUAAUGAACCUGUGCAGCGAAUCGAGCAGUGUGUCCGAGGGUCUCUCUUCAUGUGUAGCAUUGUUCAAGGGUGCAAGAGAACUUACCUGUCCCAGCGGGACUUACAGGCUCACAUCAACCACCGUCAUAUGAGAGCUGGAAAGCCUGUUACUCGUCCUCCAAUUGAACCUGUACAUCCUCCUAUUGCCCCACCACCUGCCGAAAUUCCCGAGCGUUUCAUAAUGCCACCUGAGAAACAUCAUAUGAGCCACAUUCCGCCGAAGCAGCACAUCAUGAUGCCACCACCUCCUUUACAGCACGUGCCACAUGAGCAUUAUAACCAGCCACACGAAGACAUUCGUGCGCCUCCUGCAGAGAUGUCAAUGGCUCCACCACCACCUCGCCCAGUCAGUCAGGACACCUUCCGCAUUUCGACGAGAAAACACAGCAACUUAAUAACUGUCCCUAUUCAGGAUGAUUCGAAUUCAGGUGCUCGAGAACCACCUCCACCAGCCCCCGCACCUGCUCAUCAUCAUCCUGAAUACCAGGGUCAACCAGUGGUAUCUCACCCUCAUCAUAUUAUGCCUCCACAGCAACAUUAUGCACCACCCCCACCACCACCUCCACCAAUAAGCCAUCCGCUGCAGCAUCCUCCCCAGGCAGCAGGUACUCCUCACAUGGUAUAUAGCCAAGCUCCUCCACCACCAAUGACCUCUGCUCCUCCUCCAAUAACCCCGCCACCUGGACAUAUAAUUGCCCAGAUGCCACCAUAUAUGAAUCAUCCUCCUCCAGGACCUCCCCCUCCUCAGCACGGAGGCCCACCUGUAAAUGUAAAUGCACCCCCUCCCCAUCACUAUAAUCCUAACUCUCUGCCACAGUUCAGUGAAGAUCAAGGAACUCUUAGUCCCCCUUUCACACAGCCCGGGGGAAUGAGUCCAGGGAUAUGGCCAGCUCCAAGGGGGCCGCCUCCACCUCCAAGGAUGCAAGGGCCUCCUGCUCAGGCCCCGCUUCCUGGACCACACCACCCUGAUCAAGCCAGAUACAGACCCUAUUACCAAUGAUAGAACCAGUUAUAUGAAUAGAGAGUGCUAUGAAGAGGAUAAAACUAUAUACAACAGCCUUUUAAUUAAUUGUUUUGGGGUUAUUUUGUUGUGGUUUUUUUAAAAUACUGUCAUUUUGACUGUAAGACUUUUCAGGUUUGAAUCUUAAAUGAUUUUUAAGCCUUGGCCGUAGGACUCUGACUUCAGAUAUUCUAUAGUGGAAAAAUAAGUGGCUUAGUAGACCACGGUUGCAUUUUAAGAGAACUUCUGUCUCUAGUGUGGCUAAAUUGUCCUAAGAUGAACACUUGUAAUAUUAUUUCCUGGAGAAAAUGAACAUGUGUUGUACCAUUCUGAAUAUUGUUUUGUUAAAUCCAGUGUUUAGUUUCACUUGUGAUAUGUUUUUGUUAACCUGUGUACAAUAAUUAAAUUGAAAUAUGGUUGUAAAA